ACCGGUCUUCUGUUGACAAAACGAUAAGCACGUGUACUUAAUCUCAUUCUGAAUAGGGCAGGUUGCAGGACUGCAUGAGGACAAUGAGACGAAAAUCCUGAUCUGUUUAAUAAACCAUAAAAUUGCUCUCUCUUUUUUGGUUAUAACUGCUGGCUCACUUUGGAUUUGAUUCAUCAGUGCACAUGAGUGCGUACAGGCUGCAGCAACUCAAGGGUCAGAUUGUGCCUGAAUACAAGAUCACAGCAAUGGCAGACUCACCUAGUCCUCUGACCACCCACGUGCUGAACACUGCGAUGGGCGUCCCUGGCUCGAACAUUGCCAUCUGUCUCUACCGACAAGACCCCUCCAAUAAUGCCUGGAGUUUGAUAACCGCUGGGGCAACUAAUGCUGACGGACGCUGCCCAGGACUCAUCACAAAACAGUUGUUUACUUCUGGUGUGUAUAGAAUGUGUUUUGAGACUGGUCAGUACUGGAAGAAUAUGGGAGAGACCUGCUUUUACCCAUAUGUUGAGAUUGUCUUCACUAUUAAUGACCCCGGCCAAAAGUACCAUGUCCCUCUGCUCCUGAGUCGUUUCUCUUAUAGUACAUACAGAGGAAGCUAGGGGUCGAGUGUGAUGACCAUCCUAAGGCUACCUCCAUCUAUCAGCUGUCAUACACAACACAGGCAGAGGCAGCACCACCAAGAAUAUUUAUACCAGCACCAGCCAAACAGUCACAACUGCUGACAACACACAAUGCUCCGUCUGAAUGAUUCCUCCAUUUGAAUAAAGAUGUUCUAAUCAAUUUAUUUUUUUGUAAUUAAACAAACCAUAUUACUAAUAUACUAAUAUUGCUAUUAUGCUACCAUGAUAUUUAACAGAUUUAAAACAGUUAUCAUGACAUGUAAUUUCUUAAUGAACCUAUUAAAUAAAGUGUUUUUUGUCAAAUG